GAUUGGGAUUAUCGAGAGAGUUUCCAUGAUUAAAGCGAUAAUUUAAUGAGGACCAAUCAGAGAAACACCAAUGGAAACAGGACUAAUAAUCUAAUAUGGGUUUUGAAAAAUUCAGGUGAGAGCCCGGGCACUGUAAAGUCUGCGUUUUCUUGAAUGUAACAGAAUCGGGAAUAUUUCAGAACUUGAGAAAUAUAAGUACUUGGUAUCACGCAGGCAUCCUGGCAGCUCGCGGUGGAUUACCACAACUCAUCUAGUGCCCACGCCAACCAUCACCACGCCGGACGCAGCUCUUCACACUCAGCAGACCCACUGCCCUCGUGCAUCACGCUGAGGUCAUCCCCCGCCUGGAUGAAAGGAGAUGACAGGAGAAGCAAUGUGGAAGACACGCGUGGUAUUCGUCACUGUUUUCACCUGCGUCUUCCUGACCAGCCAUGCCUCUCAAAUCAAGAGCACAACAAGUAGAAGAGACAUCCAUGAAGAUAACGGAGAUAUUAACCAAGGACAGAGAAAAGUAAGGAUCGAUAUCUGUGCUGAACCCAAUCGUGUAACCUUCAACUCGAGUCACCUUGAUCUCAGUAAGGACCAGUUUAGAUACAAGUUAGACUUCCUGGCGUGUGAUUAUGACACAAAAUCCAGUAACUGGGAAGACUGGAAGGGAAACAGGCUACGCAUGAGAAUUCAGGCACGCACUUACACCAAUGUGACUUUCCAAAUACGAGAAAAGACCACCGGCAAAAUAAUAGCAACAAAUUCUACAGUCACCCCUGCUACAGAACCUGAAGAAGCUAGGGUGAGAAGUCUUCAGUGUGAUUCCAGAAGAUGCACAGCUACCGUGGAAAACAAUUGCGUUAAAUAUAAUGGUUACAAUAUGAAAGUGCAAUUCAUUCUGAAGCCAUCGAGUAAGAAAGUCAAGAAUCCCCUCGUUAAAUACGGUGCCGUCAAUUCUGAGGGAAGAGCAACGAUAGCAUUAAAAGAUUUGCUGCCCUUUACGAACUACACCGUAACCGCCAACCCUGCCAACGACGUGGGCGCCGCCACCGACCCCCUCCCUCACCAAAGAAACCUCCUUCAUCGCAAUUUCCCAAUGCUAUUGGAAUCCAAGGACUAGGGCAGAGAUCGACGCAAAAACAACCCUGCGCUUCACUUGGAACGGACUUCGCAGUAACAAUGGCAACCCUGGUUACUACACACUCACAUUCUUGGAUGGAGGAGACAAGAGCACUGUGAAAAAUGUCACCGAUACUGAAAUCAAAUUUGCUCACCUGACUCCAGGCAAAAAGUACACGUUAGAAGUGAAGGAGUGCUUUACAACAGUGCACUGUGACAUACUGACGACACUUGAAAAAUGGACGGAACCAGAGAAGCCACGAGUGCUGGAAAAAACAGAACUCCAGACAACAACAGACACCACCAUCACCAUCCAGCUGCCCGUCCUGCAGAACCCUCCAGGAAUGCACUGGAUAUUGCUGAGGAAAUACAGCGGCGGCGGCGACGAAUAUCACACAAGGAAGCAAGACACUGAGAAGAAAGCACUGGUAAUGGUUCGCACAGAAAGGGCGAAGGAAAGGAAGGAGGCGCAGGCAAGGAGGAGGAAUCGUCGUUCCGCUGAUCCAGGAGAAAACGAUCACUCUUUGCGAAUUGUGGCAAAGAUCGAGGUGGUGGAGGAAAAGAACCCCGAGGAGUUAGUGGUGGUGGGAGGCGACUGGCAUGGAGGGAAGGGUCUGGAAAGCGACACUGAGUACAUUGUGUUCAUAGUGACGGAGACCAGGGCAGGUGAGUGAGUCUCUCUCUCUCUCUCUCUCUCUCUCUCUCUCUCUUUCUUGCUGGAAAUUCGAAUUAUACCUUACUUUUGUUAGUUUUAUAAUUUAUUUCAACAUUACCAGUAUUUCUGUGCCUCAUGACCGUAGUUGUUGCGGCACCAUUCAAGAUUUUUCUUAAUCACUUCACUUCUCUCUUGGUGACCUCUUAAUCCUCCAGUGUUCUUACGUUCCUCUCUUAUAGUCGUGUUUCGCUUCCACUGUGUUCAUGUGUUCCUGUCUUAUGGUCAUGUUUCACUACUCUUCCCCCUUCCUCCCAUACCAAGUCCCUACAGUGAAUACUUCUCGUGCAAGCCAAGGAUUAUGAGGACAGCGAAUCGCCCUAAAGAGCCCGCUACUUAGGGGGUGACCGUGGCCCUGUGUUCUGCUGCGCUCUUCCUCAUUUGCUUCAUUGCACCACUGGUGAUCUCUUGUUCUAACACAGGAAGCAGCUUCCGUAGAAGAGUCGUUGUAACCCAGUCAACAAGGAAGGUAAGGCAUGAAGACAGGAUCAUGCGGACCAUAACUAAGGCCAGCAUUCAGAGACCCUUUGUUCUCUCACCACAGCGACUGAGGUGCUGUCAAAGAAGACUACGAUAUGUUAAGACAAGUAGAAUCAACCUUCCAGAUACUAUAUAAUGGUUUAGGGAAUAGACCUUCUGUAUUAGAUAGCUAGUAUACUCAAUAAUUUUGCUCUGUAUUGAUAUCUCUGUUUCCUUAUUCUUGAAAUAAUGAAUAAAAUGCUCAGCAAGCUAUAUUCUCUGUUGUCCGUCGUAGCAAACAGUGUUGUGGUGAUUCUUUGUUCGAUGGAUUCUGUUACUACGAAACCGAGUCUUUUGUAUUGAUUCGAGUCUGUACUGGUGAUGGGCACCAAUAAACCUGGUAACUGCUA